GGGCGGAGCGACCGGGAGGUCGAGCCGGAAGGGAGGACUCCGGAGAAGACAGGUGGGGCCCGCGGGAGGGGGCCCGGGCGUGUCGGGGCGGCGGGAGCAGGCCAGGCCGCGCACCUGCGGGCUAGGCGAGCUCGGCUCGGCGGGCGUCCCCACAGACAUUGGGUCAAGGAGUAAGCAGAGUAUCCUCAACUAGAAGAGGAGCAAGGACAAAGUCACCAUGGCUUCAGUGUCUACUCAUGGAAACCAAGAUAAAGGUCCCCAUUUGCCACCGCUAAGCAAGCAGAGCUUAUUGUUUUGUCCAAAAUCAAAACUGCACAUCCACAGAGGAGAGAUUUCAAAGAUCAUCCGAGAAUGUCAAGAAGAAAGUUUCUGGAAGAGAGCUCUACCUUUUUCUCUUGUAAGCAUGCUUGUUACCCAGGGACUAGUCUACCAAGGUUAUUUAGCAGCUAAUCCAAGAUUUGGAUCAUUGCCUAAAGUUGCAUUUGCUGGUAUCCUGGGAUUUGGCCUUGGAAAGGCAUCAUACAUAGGAGCUUGCCAGAGUAAAUUCCAUUCCUUUGAAGAUCAGCUCCGUGGGGCUGGUUUUGGUCCAGGGCAUAACAGGCACUGCCUGCUUACCUGUGAGGAAUGCAAAAUAAAGCACGCAUUAGUGUGAAAGGAAAUCAAUGAAGAAAAAACUGGAAGGUCAUCCAAGAAGUCCUGAAUAUUCUGCUGCAUAUCUAUUGUGCAUAUUAGGAAGCACUCAUGCAGGGGAGAAUGUUUCUUGUGUUAAAGGAGCCACAUCUGUCUUUUAGCGUUUAGCAAUUACCAGCACUCAUCACCAAGCUUGGCAUAAGCUUAUGAAAGCAAUAUCUUCAUGAUGAACAAAAAGGAAAAAAAAAAAAAACAUGGCAAAAAGCAGGAUAAAAUUGUAGAUACACUUGCAUGAAAGAACAGGAGACUACAUGGUAAAAGUCGGAUGUCUAACCAACUUUAAUGGCAAACUUUCCAUAUUAUAGUACGAACUGAUAUUCUAGAGUGAAGAAAAUGGAAAAUAUCCCAUUGUUUUUAAUUUACCGGAUUUAAAAUGUAAUAUUAAUAAUCUACUUUAUCCAUGAGUGUACUUAUCAGAAGCGACAAACUUGGUAUCUGAAAUCAACAAACCUUGUCUAACACAUUUGUAGAUUAUGUAGACAACAAAGUUAAAUGUUCACAGAGAAUGACACUAAUGAGAAUAAGAAAGAUCCUUAUCCAACCAGAAAACAUCAAAAUGAUCUUUAAACCCCAUGCUGCAUCCUCACAGCACUCCAGUGAUGCCUAGAAGUGUGUUUCUGUCUUGGCUUACGUAUGAGUGCAUUAUUAGAAAGGAUCCUUUCAAGAUACUUUCAAUUUCUUCGGAACUGAUCAAACCUUUCACCCGCUGUUGGCUGAGGUGAUCAUUUCUUUCUAAAUUUUGCCUGUUUGAGUGAUCCUGGAGUUCAGGUUACUGCUGGAGUUAAACUAUUCCGCAUGAAAUGUAUGUUUUACAAUUUAAAAAACAGUGGAAUUAUCCUUUUGUGUGUUUCUUAUCAAAAUAUACUAGAAUUUCCAGGAAGAUUUAUAUAUGUUACAUAUACAUAAUAUAGCAU